CCCGCGGGCGACUCAGAACGCUGUUCGUAUCAUGGCCGCGGGAGCCGGGACGGUGGGCCCCGCUUCCGGCCCAGGCGUCGUGCGUGAGCCAUCGGCGUCACAGCCGAGGAAGCGGCCGGGCCGGGAGGGCGGGGAGGCUGCGCGGCGAUCGGGCGCGAUGGCGGGAGGAGGCGGGAGCAGCGACGGCGGCGCGCGGGCCGCAGGCCGGCGGACGUCCCGCAGUGGCGGGAAGACUCGGCGGGGUCGCCACGGGUCUGGGCUGGGAGGCGUCGCCGAGCGGGGCGCGGGGGAGGUCCAGCUGGAGGAGGCGGUCAACCGCUGGGUGCUCAAGUUCUACUUCCACGAGGCGCUGCGGGCCUUUCGGGGGAGCCGCUACGGGGACUUCAGGCAGAUCCGGGACAUCAUGCAGGCUCUACUGGUCAGGCCCCUGGGGAAGGAGCACACGGUCUCCCGGCUGCUGCGGGUCAUGCAGUGUCUGUCGCGCAUAGAAGAAGGGGAAAAUUUAGACUGCUCCUUUGAUAUGGAGGCUGAGCUCACACCACUGGAAUCAGCUAUCAAUGUACUGGAGGUGAUUAAAACGGAAUUUACACUGACAGAGGCAGUGGUUGAAUCCAGUAGAAAACUUGUCAAGGAGGCUGCUGUCAUUAUUUGUAUCAAAAACAAAGAAUUUGAAAAAGCCUCCAAGAUUUUGAAAAAACAUAUGUCCAAGGACCCCACUACACAGAAGCUGAGAAGUGAUCUCCUGAACAUUAUCCGUGAAAAGAAUUUGGCCCAUCCUGUUAUCCAGAACUUUUCCUACGAGACCUUUCAACAGAAAAUGUUACGCUUCCUGGAGAGCCACCUGGAUGACUCAGAGCCUUACCUCCUCACGAUGGCAAAAAAAGCUUUGAAAUCUGAGUCUGCUGCCUCAGCUGUAGUGAAGGAAGAUAAACAGCCAGCGCCAGAGCCUAGUGAAAAGCCAGUGAGAGAACCUGAAAGGCAGCUACAGAACACUCCAACUACCAUUGGAAUUAUGACUCUGAAAGCAGCUUUCAAGACUUUGUCUGGUGCACCAGACUCUGAGGCAGCCUUUUCAAAACUGGACCAGAAAGAUCUGGUACUUCCUAAUCGAAUAGCACCACCAUCACUAGCCCUCAAAAAUAAGAGACCAAGAAAAGACGAAAAUGAAAGUUCAGCCCCUGCUGAGGGUGAGGGUGGUGCUGAACUGCAAGCCAAGAGCAAGCGCAUGACUAUAAGCAGAUUGAUUUUGGAGGAGGACAGCCAGAGUACUGAAACAAGCUCAGACCUCAGUUCCUCCCAGGAGAUAAUACCUGCAUCACAAUCCAAGCCCUCUGUUCUCAACCAACCCCUAUCUGGGGAGAAGAAUCCCAAAAUACCUAAAGGCAGAUUGAACAAGUCUAAUGGAAUUGAAGAAAAAGAUACUUGGGCAGAAGAGGACCAAUUGUUUGAAGUUCGUGCAGCACAAGAAGAGGACAAUAUGAAUAAUGUAACAAAAAAACAGAAGUGGACUGUAGAAGAAAGUGAGUGGAUCAAAGCUGGAGUGCUGAAAUAUGGAGAAGGAAACUGGGCUGUCAUUUCUAAAAAUUACCCAUUUGUUAAUCGAACGGCUGUGAUGAUUAAGGAUCGCUGGCGGACCAUGAAAAGACUUGGCAUGAACUAAAGGAGACUUUCAGUUCCACAGAAUUUACAGGAGCAUGGUUCCUAAUAAUAGCCCCUAUUAGUCUGUUGUUCCUUCCAGAAUCUGGCUGGGAUAAGAAUUUUGAGCAUCCUCCUCUGA